CCAAAUACAACACCCACUUCGAGGAGCGAAAGAAACUAUGUCUGUUGAUAUAAAUAAAAUCAAGAACAAAUAGAAAAUUAGACUAACUAAUAGUGUUUUAGUUGCAAUUAAAAUUAGGAAGUAUGAGCAACAAUAGCAGCAGCCGCAGCCAUAAGACGCAUCAUUUGCGAAGAAGUGUACAUCGAAGUCUUGAGUAUUAUCCGUAUUAUAACAGCCGGAAUGGGGGACAGGCGCAGGCGAAUCUGCAGGCCAGCUGCAGGAACUCACUGGAUUUUGUGCAACGUAUGGAUCUGAUGCAGACGAUGGAUGUCCACAAUGGAUGCGUGAAUACAGUGAAUUGGAAUGCCAAUGGGACACACAUCGUUUCCGGCUCGGAUGACAAUUGCCUGGUCAUUACGGAAGCGAAAAGCGGCCGUGUGAUUUUAAAGAGUAGAACCCAGCACAAGAGGCACAUAUUCAGUGCUCGAUUUAUGCCGCAUUGCAAUGACCAGGCGGUGAUCUCAUGCUCAGGUGAAGGUCUAGUCUUGCAUACUGAAUUCCUGACACCCUAUAGCCAGCGUCAACGGUCACAGGAUGUGCUCAUUUUCGAGGAGGAUCGACGGACGAGUGUUUUCGAUUGUCAUAAAUUUGGCAGCACCUUUGAUGUCCUGCCACUGGUGGAUGCGCCACGCAGUUUCCUUAGCUGUGGCGAGGAUUCGACAGUGCGUUGCUUUGAUCUCAAUGUGAGCAGCCGAUGCACGGAGCUGGUGUGCCAUAAGCAUAUUUACAUAAUGGCACCCUGUGCCGUAACUGCCAUGGAUGUGGCUCCAAUUAACACACAUCUGCUGGCAAUAGGCUGCUCCGAUUCAAUAGUCCGAAUCUACGAUCGUCGCAAGAUGAGCACGGGUCAUGACAGCAGCGGCGCAAAUGAAACGCAACCCUUAAAAGCCUACCCCAUACCCUUGUCCUAUACACGACGACAUUAUCGUCCCACCUGCGUCAAAUUUAAUGCUGAUGAAUCCGAACUCCUGGUCAGCUACUCCAUGGAGCAAUUGUAUUUGUUCAAUUUGAAGCAUCCGGGCUUCGAGGAUGCCGGUCUCUUGCGUAGUGGUUGCUAUACGGCCAAAAUGCGACGUGACGACGAUCCAGAACCGCAAAUACCGAGGCUACGAUUCCGUGGCGAUUGGUCGGAUACGGGUCCGAAUUCAUUGGCAAUGACAGAGCAAGGACUAAAUCGGCCGAACGUGGGUCAGGCGCGUCCACCACUCGAACCAGGUGUGCUUAGCCGCUUGAGUGAUGAAAUCUUCCGCAUGCUCAAUUCCAAUUCGCGACAAGGACGCUCAAGCACGAAUCCGCACGAGACCGCCCCCAGCAAUACAAACAGAACCAGACCGAUGACAUGGCAAAAUGCUGUCCUACGUACCAUGGAGCAAGGUAACCAUGAGAAUACUUCAAUGCCCAUGCCCACGCCAAUGCCAACUAAUGAUAAUCAAAGCCCAUGCUGUGAACCGGAAAUUGCCGAUGUUUCUGCUCCUGUGCGAUCGGAUGACGUUACAUCUACAUCAGUGGAGUCUUCCAAAUCCGAAAGCUGUAUGGAAGCUGUGUCUGAUGUCGGUGGACAGAAAUAUCCUUUGACCAGUUUUGAUUAUGUAAAAAUGUCAUUCAAUGGCCAUCGAAAUUCACGGACCAUGGUGAAAGGAGCAUGCUUCUGGGGUGAUGAUUUCAUAAUGUCCGGUUCGGAUUGUGGCCACAUCUUUGUCUGGCAACGGGAGACAGGAAAAGUUGUUAAAACACUUUUGGCUGACAAUCGUGUCGUAAAUCGAGUCCAGCCGCAUCCCACAUUGCCCUAUCUGCUAAGUUCGGGCAUUGAUUACAAUAUCAAAUUGUGGGCACCGAUUGCCGCAGAGCCCGCAUACGAUGAUCUGGUUACCACAGCUUUAAUUAAAAACAAUGAGAUUAUGUUGGUCGAGACAAGGGAUACGAUAACUGUGCCCGCUCAGGUAAUGAUACGGAUUUUGGCCAGUCUGCAUCAAUAUCGGCGUUUAAUGCAUAAUAAUACUGGAAGCUCUUCAGGAUCGUCAGCAGCCUCAGCAGCAGCAGCACCAGCACCAGCUGAAGCCUCAUCGGCUGCUGACACUGCAGCUGAAGAGGACAAUACAAGCGAUAGCAAUCACAAUGCUGAAAUAGGUUAAUUCAAUUCUAGUCAUAUGAAAAAAGUCAUAAUUUAGCUUUAUUUAGGUGACCUCUACACCAUUCCUUACCCAACUACCUAUCCCACAAAAUAUUUAACCUUUACACAAAUUGUAUACACCAUUUCCACAGUUGCUAUCGCUUGAUCCAAAUAAGAAUCAUUAGGAACACCUAAUGCAUAUAUGUAUGUACGAAUGUAGUCGCAAUGGCUUAAAUUUCUGGCUUAUAUCCUGUCCUUAACUGGAAAAGCUAAUCCGUUUCAGAAUUGACGAGACCUGAUCGGUUGUAACGGCAUCUAUGUCCAUUGUAUAGCUCGUGAGGCUCAUCAAUUUUAUAUUUCUAUUAGAAUUAUAGACAAAUUGUGUAUGUUCCUUUUUAAUUUAUAUUAUAACAUAUAUAUGUAUGUAUUGCUUUUUCGACGACACACAGGGUGCCAUUAAAGAUGAUCGUUAAAAAAAAUCGAAGUCAAAA